AUGUGUAGGAAUAUGCUCAUGAAGGAGUACCGGAUCUGUAUGCCUUUGACAGUUGAAGAGUACAGAAUUGGACAGCUGUACAUGAUCAGUAAACACAGCCAUGAGCAGAGUGAUCGUGGAGAAGGUGUAGAAGUGGUGCAGAAUGAGCCUUAUGAAGAUCCAAAUUAUGGGAACGGUCAACUGACAGAAAAACGAGUUUAUCUGAACAGCAAACUUCCAAGCUGGGCAAGAGCUGUUGUUCCCAAAAUAUUUUAUGUAACUGAGAAAGCCUGGAAUUACUAUCCUUACACAAUUACAGAAUACACGUGUUCAUUUUUACCCAAAUUCUCCAUUCACAUAGAGACAAAAUAUGAAGACAACAAGGGAAGCAACGAUAAUAUAUUUGAUAAUGAAGCCAAAGAUCUUGACAGAGAAGUCUGCUUUAUUGAUAUUGCCUGUGAUGAAAUUCCUGAGCGCUAUUACAAGGAGUCUGAGGAUCCUAAAUAUUUCAAAUCAGAGAAGACUGGGAGAGGCCUAUUAAAAGAAGGCUGGAGAGAGACUCAGCAGCCCAUCAUGUGUUCCUACAAGUUGGUGUCUGUGAAAUUUGAAGUAUGGGGACUUCAAACUCGAGUAGAACAGUUUGUUCACAAGGUAGUCAGAGAUAUAUUGCUGAUUGGUCACCGACAAGCUUUUGCAUGGGUUGAUGAGUGGUACGACAUGACUAUGGAUGAAGUCCGAGAGUUUGAACGAGCAACUCAGGAAGCCACCAACAAGAAAAUUGGGAUCUUCCCUCCUACAAUAUCAAUUUCUAACGUCGCCCUCCCUUCUUCAGUCCGCAGUGCUCCUUCUAGUGCUCCAUCUACGCCUCUGUCCACAGAUGCACCUGAAUUCUUACCAGUUCCCAAAGACCGACAACGGAAAAAAUCUGCUCCAGAAACUCUCACACUGCCAGAUCCAUACAAAAAAGAUCUUUAAAUCCAGCAUGUUUUGCUAUGACAUAUCAUGACUGACAGAACAAUAUUUGUAAAGCUUAUAGCCAUUGUUUCAUUUAAACAAAUUUGACAAAUCUAGAAGAAUGACUCCCUCUGCUUC